AUGCCUCAAAUCAACGGUUUGGAAGUUGGACCCACAGGCUAUGGCCUUAUGGGCUUCACAUGGCGCCCCAACCCUGCCCCCCAGGAGCAGGCUUUUGAGGCUAUGCGCGCGGCUCUGAAGAACGGCUGCAACUUCUGGAACGGCGGCGAAUUCUACGGCACGCCAGAGUACAACAGCAUGACGUUGCUAGAGCGCUACUUCACCAAGUAUCCCGAGGACGCUGAGAAGGUUGUCCUCAGCAUCAAGGGAGCCUCUGGGCCCAACGGCGCCCAGCCCGAUGGCAGCCCCGAGGAGAUUCGCUGCUGCCUUGACAAUGUCCUCAAGCAGCUGAACGGCCGCAAGAAGCUAGACAUCUUCGAGUGUGCCCGCCGCGACCCGAAUACUCCCAUGGAAGUGACAUUCGGCGUCCUGCAGAAAGAGUACAUCGACACUGGCAAGCUCGGCGGUAUCUCCCUCAGCGAAGUCAGGGCCGACACAAUUCACGAAGCUGUCAAGGUUGCCAAGAUCGUUGCCGUAGAAGUCGAGCUUAGCCUUUUCUCGACUGAUAAUCUGACCAAUGGCGUUGCUGCCGCGUGCGCCCAGUACGGCAUUCCUUUGAUCGCCUACUCACCAAUGAGCAGAGGUUUCCUGACAGGUCAAAUUCGCAAGAUCGACGACCUGGACCAGGGUGAUUUUCGCCGCUUUUUCCCUCGCUUCCAGCCCGGCAACUUCGAGCUCAACGUGCAAUUAGCAGACCAUGUCAUUGAGCUGGCGAAGAAGAAGGGCUGCACCGCCGCUCAGCUCGCAAUCAACUGGGUCAAGGCCCAGUCCAAGCGCCCGGGAAUGCCCGUCAUCAUCCCCAUCCCCGGCGCCACGACGGCUGAGAAGGUCACUGAGAACUCGGUCGAGAUAGAGCUAUCCGACGCGGAACUGAAGGAGAUCGAUGAGAUGCUGUCCAAGUUCGACGUCCAGGGUGGCCGUUACCCCGCCCAGAUCCCCCACAACACCUAA